AUGACCUUGGACAAUGCUUCGCUAGACGGCUCCGAUGACGGCACACGGCAAAAGUUCAAGAGAGGCCAUUCUGGCGUCAAUCAACUCGGAGGAUUAUUCGUCAAUGGAAGGCCACUUCCAGAUAGCACCCGCCAGCGCAUCAUCGAACUUGCACAUUCUGGCGCACGCCCAUGCGAUAUUUCGCGUAUUCUACAAGUCUCCAAUGGAUGUGUUUCGAAAAUUCUCUGUCGAUAUUAUGAAACCGGAUCAAUUCGACCAAAGGCAAUCGGAGGCAGCAAACCAAGGGUUGCCACCAACAUGGUUGUGCUAAAGAUAGCACACUACAAGCGAGAAUGUCCUUCCAUAUUCGCUUGGGAAAUACGUGAUCGGCUGCUACAGGAGGGUGUGUGUACGCCAGAAAACAUACCCAGUGUUUCAUCCAUCAACCGUGUUUUGAGGAAUGUGUGUGGUGAAACCCAACUUCAAGGAUCCGUUUCGAGUAGGUCAACGGACAGUCUAAAUGGAGGCAUUCGUCCAUGUCUAACAACAUCUUCCCCGGCGAAAUCAGAAAGUGCAGUAAGAUCAGCAAUUGCCAUUAACUUUGCUCAGCAACAGCAAGUACAGCAACAGCACAUGCCGACGAUGCCGACGGCUAAUUUUGCACAAAAUAUAGCACCCUUCACUCUCUUCUCUCAGCACUCGUUGAAUUCGCCCUCCCACCUGCUUCAUCGAGACACCCGUGGGUUUGGCAACAUGAACGCCGCCAGACAACUUUAUCCUUGGUCACUUACUGCGCAUCGUGGCUCAGCUGGUGUAGAUACUAUUGGGACGCCGUCGGAGCGAAUUUCACAUCCGUUUCCCCCAUCUCAUCCGGCCGCUUUCGCAGCCGCCGCGGUGGCAGCUGCCCACACUCAGCACCAGACUCAGGCAAUGCAUAGUCAAGGUGGAUAUCAUGACCCCGGAAUGAUUUCGAGCCCACCGACUCCGAUGAAUGGCCAUAUGCAAAGUAAUGUUUAUGACACCUUUUCUAAUCUCCUUCACCCAGCUGCCUGGUCAUCGUGGUACACCACACCAGGGCAAACGUCACCUACAUUCAUGUAUAACAACUGUGAUUUAGGUGCGACCGUAGAACAAUCUGUCUCAAGCAGUGCAACCCCCUACCCUGAUUACAAUGUUCUGCUGGGGUGCAGUGUUCCCACAAAAUCAACCAAUUCCAACGGCCCAGUACAGUAUAAUACAACUACGGAUAGCUUCAACGAGGAAUCCGGUUCGAACACUCUCAGCUGUUUGGACUUUUUUUCUGGAGACCAGAUGCAUAAACGGCCUCGCCAGUUACACUCGACUUCAGUUAACAAGCAGACUUAUUAUCUCGAUGAGAACCGCGCAUCUCGCCCGGCUAAUGGCUUCUCUUCCAAGAUGUCCGGUGGAGCAGACCAGCACAAGCACACAUCUUUCAAUGCUGGUCACUUAUUUUCCCAGUCCUUCAAGGGUUUAGACGUGAUCAGCACGGAUUCAACCCAAAAGUUGAGGCAGUUAGUCGCUUCGUUAACCGAGGACAACGUCUUUAAAAACCUGAAGAGUGAUCGAGAUCGCGCACCGGCACUCGAUCAUGAUCGAACGUGGAAACGCGAUCCGCGCACAAGUGACCGCCCCGGUUCCAACUCGACCAACAUAGACGCAUUGAGGAACACAGUCACCUCAGAAAACUCAUUCCAGGAACUGCACAAAGAAAACAGAAAACAUCAUCCGAUUUCACCGCGCAUGGCUACGUACACCGUUGAAAAUUACGUGAAUGACUGCUCGAGUACCGAGGUUUUAAACGCGAAUGAUCGUUGGGAGCGCGCACCGGUAAACAUUACUAGUGGUGGCACGGAUUCACACAGCUUUACUCGAGAGUCAUCAGGCGUAUUGAACCGCGUCGCAGCAGUGACGGACGAAGCUGGUGAUAAAUCGUCCACCACGAGCAGUAGAGAGGACUCCGAGAAUAUGCACCUUAAAACACAACCCACUGGUUCGUCAGCCGUCUCCGAGGAGAUUAAAAAAAUCCAAAGGAAUCGGACAGCAUUCACUCCCGGACAGCUGGAAGUACUCGAAGAAGAAUUUGAGCGAACACACUACCCAGAUUUGGUGACAAGAGAUCAACUAGCGGAGUCGAUGCUGCUACCAGAGUCCCGUAUCCAAGUCUGGUUUUCGAACCGACGUGCAAAAUGGAGGCGAGAGAAUAAGGAACGACACAAACUUUGCUCCUCACCGAAUUCGGCACAGUCCAUGGGCAAUUUGUCAGCCAAGCUACCCGAUGCGGUCUCGCCUAGUGAGAGACUGAACUCCCCUGUAGAAUUUCUGGCACACCCGCUGACCCCCUUACAAUGUCGUUGGAAUGGAACUGAAGUAAACUACGAAACUGAAUCGUCCACUACUUCAACAACAGCACCAAAGGCCGAGUCGAGACACUACCGCUGGUCAAGCAACUCUCGAAUGGCUCACGAAACUGCCAUACACAGUGCACCACGGACCGUCUACUCUAACGAACCGGCUAUGCGAGCACACAACUCCUGCGUGAGCGGAGUAAGAGACGGCAGCUACCGGAAGUCAGACGACGAAUUUCAACGAGCUACUUCGAAUUCAGAUUCAUCAGUGGCCCAUCUACCGGAACACACAGACCCAACAUCUAUGUGCUCGUUUGCCGUACCAUCGGAUUUGCAUACUGCACCUGUCAGUAAUCCGGUGGAAGAUGUCCUCCAGGCACCAAACACCGACCAGACGCGUAUGUGUACAGACGCAUCGGUAGUGGUACCAAAUUACAAGGCGAUCAUGGAAUCGUUUCACAUUUCCCGAAUCAAAUACGAGUCCAGUGAGAAGACGGCGGCGUCGGAAAAUUCUCCGCUUUCAUCCCGUUUCGAUUCGCAGAUGGUAGCACAAAGUGGCGACCCAUCUGCCUAUGGAUCUCGUGCGUUGGUCCAUUCAAUAGAGGCGAACCUAACACCCGUUUCAUACUCACAGCGUACUCAAUCCACUGACCAGCAUCAGAGGGUAUGGCCGUUACUAAACGAAAGGGUAUGUUUGUAUGGUGCUUAUGCUACACAACAUAGCACGUGGUUCCCCACCGCCUGUCCUCAACGGACUACCCUAUCCAUCGACUCCCAUAUCGCAUCGUCCCCAGUCGAGGUCGAAGACCAGCCGCCCAACCUUCCUCAAAUCAAAGAAACCGCGUCAACUGAAGCUGCCAUUACCUGGACCCAAUACAGGGGAUCGAAUGCCUUGUCUAUUGAAGCGAAUGGACGAAGUGACGGAAGAUCGGACACACUUAGUGUGUGUGCUGCAAAUUCAUCUACUUUCGAGACCGAUUUGCAAACCCACUUGACCGCCAAUCUUGAACCGAGUAAUCUUGGCCAUCAACACACAACCGUCAAUUCCGCAGCAGCUGCCUACGGCGAGUUCCCACGAUUCCUCCGAUGAAACCGAGUCUUAUAUACACUAUCUAGCCACAAGAUUACUCAUUCUAGAGUAGUGAGUAUUGCGGUUUCUCAC